CCACAGAAAAUCUCGUUGUGGCCCGUGUUGCCAUUUUAGCGUAUAAGUAACACGAAGGUUGCGUGCACCGAACGCUGGCAAACAAGGUGAAUAUAGAUUUGGAUGGGUUUUAUUAUAACCUUCUAAGCAGCAGAUUUCGACCGUGUUGCCUUGUUCUGACGAAGUUCCGGUACUUGGAUACUGUCACAGCUUGUUCUGUUAGAGUAGCUACCCAAACUCAAACACCAGCCAGGUUGCAUGAUUCAAUUUUUUAUUUAUCACAAUUUCUGAGCAAGAGCUCUGAAACAAGAAUGGGAUUCAGGUUCCAAUUUCUAAAUCCCAUGUGCCGAUCCUACCUCUCAAGACGGUCUUCACCCAAAAAUCUCUGCCCCGAUCCCAUUGUGAUCCAGUCUCUCAAUCCCCAUUUCCAAGUUUACCAUCGCCCGGUCUUCUCUGAUAACCCCAAUUACAACAUCCCAAGACGGUGGCAUUUGGGUCAUUCUCAUGAUCACCACCAUAACGUAACAAAGGAAGGAGAAAAAAUAUUCCAGUUGGGUCUGGGAGCGGAUAUCGGUUUAGCUACUGCUAAAGCUUUGACUGGGUAUUUAUCCGGAAGCACCGCUAUCAUUGCUGACGCCGCCCAUUCAAUUUCUGACGUGGUUCUUAGUGGGGUUGCUUUAUGGACGUUUAAAGCUGCAAAGGCUCCCAAAGACGAAGAACACCCAUAUGGACAUGGUAAGUUUGAGACCAUUGGGGCCUUGGGAAUUUCCUGUAUGCUUUUGGCAACUGCUGGUGGUAUUGCUUGGCAUGCUUUAGAAAUCCUAAUUGGGUUGUUGUCCACUGCUCCUGAAGUAGUUAAUAAUCAUUCAUUGGCUCACGGGCAGAGCCAUCAUCAUGGAAUUGAUAUGCAUCACCCUAUACUAGCGUUGAAUGUGACCAUUGUAGCAAUAUGUGUUAAAGAAGGGCUUUACUGGAUAACAAAAAGAGCUGCGGAAAGGCAAGGCAGUGGACUGAUGAAAGCAAAUGCAUGGCAUCACCGUGCAGAUGCAAUUUCAUCUGUAGUUGCACUUAUUGGGGUUGGAGGCACUAUUCUUGGAGUAAAGUUUUUAGAUCCUCUUGCUGGACUGGUUGUCUCAGGAAUGAUUCUAAAAGCUGGACUGGAAACUGGAUAUCAGAGUGUUCUUGAACUUGUCGAUGCUGCAAUCCCUGCGGAACAGUUGGAGCCCAUAAAUCAAACAAUUCUGCUAGUUGAAGGUGUCAAGGGAUGCCAUCGUUUAAGAGCAAGGAGAGCUGGUUCUAAUCUAUACCUUGAUGUACAUAUCGUGGUCAAUCCCUUUUCUAGUGUUAGUGCUGCACAUGGCAUUGGUGAAAACAUUCGUCAUCAAAUUCAUGAGUCCCACCCUGAAGUGACUGAAGUUUUCAUACACAUAGAUCCUGCAUAUAUAGAGUUCUCCCCCGACGUAAUGGACCAGAAAGAAAGUUCGAAGAGAAUCGAGGAACGGAAUAAUAAUAUUUCUGCCAGGGAGGAAAAUGUUGAAGCAAUUGUUUCUAGCAUAUUUUCAUCAAAGUUUCCAGAGAAAUUUAUGGUUGAACGCAUAACUCAUCACAUGUUACAAGGGAAGAUAUUACUGGAAGUUGAGUUUAGCAUGCCCCCGGAUAUCAUGAUUCGUGAUGCUAUGGAAGCGGCGAAGGAGGCAGCGAAGGAGAUACCGAAUGCAGCUUCAAACAUUGUUCAUGUCAAUGUUCAGCUAAGAUUGGGAAGUCCAAUUCCGCAGUUCAAGUAUACAUAGCAAAGUUUCAAUUGUUCAAAAAAC